GGGCAAAGCUACUGUUUUACGCUCCCCGUAGCCCUCUUCUUCUCCCUUGAAAUUCCGGUAAAAAAAAGGACUGGCAAAAAGCUAAUGUUGAUCACGUUGCAGUUUCUUGUGAUGACAUUGGUUGGUUCUACGAUAGAAGACGUUCGAAGAAACGUUCUGGGACGAAAUUAUUCCAAAUCGACGGCAAUGCAGCUUGCACAGCAAACUUUAGAAUCGAUCUCGGAUCUUCAUAGUAUUGGUUAUUUACACAGAGAUAUAAAGCCACAAAAUUUCGCCAUCGGAUUAGGUGAACAAGAAAAGAUCGUAUUCGUACUUGAUUUCGGUAUAGCUCGGAAGUACACAGUUGGGAAAACAAAAACCGUAAAAGCUCCACGCCUAUAUGUAAAAUUUAUUGGUACUGUACGAUAUGCAUCGCGAUCCUGCCACAAAUGUAUGGAACAAGGCCGAAAAGAUGACCUAGAAGCUUGGAUUUAUAUGGUAUGGGUACAGGGAGGAGGUCUAAUCGUUUUGAAGCCGUCGCCUGGACAGCUUACGUUUUUCGUAGCAGGACGCGCGGUAUUUGAUUUGAUAGACUGGGAAGACGGUUUACAAUGGAAGCGUUUGCCUGAUCGAAAACAGGUGGUACAUUUGAAAGAGAAAUUCUUCGCAUUCAGACUACCUAAAUGCUAUCACAUUGUACCGGAGGAGUUCAAAAGAAUUGUCACUUACGUGAACAAGUUGAGCUUCUCUGAUGAACCCGACUAUAGGCAUUUGAUACAUUUAUUGCAUUCAAUAGCAAGAGCAAAUGACAUUGAUUUGGAAAAGCAGUUAGACUGGAUCGGGAGGUCAGGCAAAUGCAGAAUAUCGGAGGAAUCAUUGCUUAUUUUCUAUUUGAUCUACUCGAUUCAUAUCUGGGUUUUACUGUACCACUUCAAACAUGAGCUGAAGAUCGAUAUUGUAGAUCCACUGGUGAGACAACUCACGUAA